AUGCGCUUUGGUUUUUGGACAUUCGAUGAUUGGGGCCUGGUUAUGGAUCGUUGGGUUGAGAAUCCACCGUCAAACUUUUUGAAAGAAGCAGCAGUUUGGAUAAGGAUUCAUAAGAUCCCCGGUAAUUACUUCACGUUACAAACAAUCAAAGCUAUUAGCCAUGGGAUUGGUCACGUUCUUGAAGUGGCGUUUGACCCAUCUAAGCCUCACCUUAAAGAGUAUGUUCGUGCUCAUGUGGUGAUGAACCUGGACCACCCUGUUCGUGACAACAAAACGCUAACCAUAUCAGGAGGACGUACGGCCACAGUUGAGGUGGAAUAUGAACGCAUUCGGAAAAAAUGUUUUCAUUGUCUCCGGUUAUCUCAUGAGAAGCAGAGGUGUCCUCUGUUUCUGGGACAAAAACAGAGUUUGAAAUACGCGCAAGAUACAGUAUUAAACGGGUCCAACCAGGAAGAUGAACGACGUCAACACCAUACUAAUCUUGUGGAGAAAUUGAUGCCCUUGUUGGCACCUUCGGUUCCUCCAGCAGCUCCAGCACAGUUCCAGUCUCAACGACAACUURGCCUCUUUCGGCAGCUAACAUUCCUCCACAGCCAACCUCGGGGUUUAACAAGGGACUUUCAGAUGGUAUUUUUGAGGGUACAAGAAGCCGUAUGA